AACACAAAAAAACACGACCGCGCGCAGAGAGCCAAACGUUCCCCGCACGAUCCGAUGACAGUUUGCAUUUUUAUAGAAAAGAAGAGUUAACUUCUGUGUGUUUCUUUCCACCAGUAAAUGCCUAGUGUUAACUGUUUUAAUUUUCUCCCAUCGGAUGCCAAGUGAUCGAAAAGCUUCGAUCCGAAACACCAGCUUCAGCAGCGCCAACAGAAGAAGCGAAGAAUGCAUGACGCCCCGUGCGAAUACGUGAAUUAGUGUGUGCGGGAAUUGCGUGUUGUUGCUGCUGUGUGAGAAAGUGAUUUGUUGGGAAAUUUGUUUGUAAGACAAAUUUCCUCACCAAAAACGACAAGCGUAUAAAGUGUGCGUGUGUGUGCGCGUUGUCCCUCCUUCUAACCCACACCCAGUGGGUGUAGUUUUCUUUUUGGUUGGGUCCUAAAAGUGGGCGCCGUGUAGGUUUUGUGUGUGUGUGCGUGCGUUUGCGUCUGUGCGUGCAUUUUGUAGCCUUCCCGCACGCCAAUAGUUUGUCGAUGUGUCCUAGGAUAUUAGAAUAAUGAAACCUAGCUUAUGCUACACCUACUGCACGCUGUUACUGGUAUCGCUAGUGUCCAGUUGCACGCUGUUCAUCAUAGUGGCCUCAGAGACGCUGAAGCCAACCACUGGUGACGAUCAGCUGCAGCAGCACCACGGUGCCGGAUCACGCGAAACGGUGCAUGGCCAACACCACCCGGUGCAAUCUACUGUCGGUGCAGACAAAGGAUCGAAUGUGUUCUCCCCCAAGCGAGUGAUAUCCAGUGGCAUCGAACCAUCUGCCGGCCAUGUACGGACUAAAAACAGUUCUCCCGAAGAUGGCCCACAGGGAAGCGUACCAAAGGUGCGACCGCUUAAAAAACCAUCCCGCGGUAAAGUGGGUAAAAAUACGCUUAAGAAAGAUAUCCUGACUGAGAAGCCAACCCAGCAGCAGCAGCAGCAGCAGCCGGAUGAACCACCGGAUCUUAAGGAUGUGAUAUUUUUGGACACCAUCUCCAAAAACGUUGGCGUCACCAACAGUGGGUUACAAGACAUUCCAGGACCACCAUCGAUAAUCACGCUGGUGGACAAUCAGCACCAUGAGCUGAACAAUAUCGAGAGCAAGUUGGAGGAAAACUUGGAGGCAACGUUGAAGAAUCUAUCGCACAACAAUGUACACACUACUGUGCAAACAACCGUUCCGUUGCACGCUGAUGAUCACCAACAGUUGGUUGGCGUUACUGCAGGCGACCAUCUUGUGGAUGAAAGCAAUGGAACGAUCGAAGAACAACUGCUGCCCCAAGAGAACGAACAGCCGUUAUUGGUGCUGGUUCCCACUCAGGAUCCGGAUGCGGCAUCAUCGGGAUCCAGCCUUCAACAACCGGCGGGUGAUUCUUCGACGACACAAGAACCAUCGAAUGAGGCACCACUCGCCACCGAUACAGCAGCCGUUGUACCACCGAAACCGCUCGAAGUGAACCUAACCGAAGAAAACCCGAUGCCAGUGUUCAGCGAGUGGGCCCAGAAGCAAAUGGCUGAGGCGGAGAAAAAGCUGGGUGAAGUCGUGAAUGCUUCGGCCAUGAAGAAGGGCACUAAACCGGCGGGCAGUAAGACGGGCGGCGGUGCGAUGAAGCUACGGGCGAAGAAUUAUGCUGCGCCGGAAUGCGGGGCAAAGAUUAUAGCCUCCAACCCGGAAGCGCAAAGCACCGGUUCGGUGCUUACUGCGCCGAAGGAUGAAUAUCUGCUAAAUCCGUGCACGAGCAAGAUUUGGUUCGUGGUAGAGCUGUGCGAACCGGUACAGGCGGAACGGAUCGAGCUGGCAAAUUUCGAGCUGUUCUCAUCGUCGCCGAAGGAGUUCAGCGUGUCGGUUAGCAAUCGCUUUCCGACGCGCGAUUGGGCCAACGUGGGCCAGUUUACGGCGAAGGAUGAACGGGACGUGCAAAGCUUUCAGCUGCAUCCGCAUCUGUUCGGGAAGUUCGUGCGGGUGGAGAUACUGUCGCACUACAAUCAGGAACAUUUCUGUCCGGUGUCAUUGUUUCGCGUGUACGGCACGUCCGAGUUUGAAGCGUUCGAAACCGACAACACACCGUUGCAGCCGGAAGAUGAUGAUGAUGAUGACGACGAGCUGGUUGGGUUGACAAAUGGCGUUGGGGGUAAGGAACUGUUGCAGUCGGGCAACGGUGGCAUCAGCGUGGAAGGAGGAGCUUCUAAAGAGGAGCAUUCUAAAACACCUCUAGGAGGCAAGCUGACCGAGGAAGGAUCUUUGGAGAAGCUGGGCCACGAUGCGGCGGUCGGUCGAAAGGGAGGCAAAAAUCCGAACAACAUCCUAAAGUCGGCCGGUGAGGUGGUAAUGAACAUGGUAAAGAAAGCUGCCGAAGCACUGGGCAAAAGUGGGAACGAUAGUAACGAUUCGUCGAUCGGUGGCACCCCAACGGAACGGGUCCCGUCGAGAGAGGGAGGCGUGUCGGUCACAAGCGUACCGACGAACCUGCCAGCAGCAGCAGCAGCAUCAUCACCCUGUGUUACACUAGCUUAUACGAUACGUUGCGUUAACUGCACCGACCAUUUUCGGGCUCGUCUCGAGUCCUUGAUGAAUUGCAAACACAAUCUUCUCACUAGUCUACUAGGGGUGGCGCGCAUCGAACGGUCGUUCGAUUCCGCCCAGCAUUUUCUAUGUGCCAACGUGUUAGGAUUUAACUUGCCGCGGUCGCAGCAGGGCGAGGAUGGGCAGGGUGAACCGGCGUUACCAACGGUUUGCCUAAAUAUGCGCUACAGCGUGCUUAACCUGUUGCCGGACGAGCUGGUGGCCGGGCUGUGCAAUGCGGUGGCAUUUGAUCUGAACCUCAUAGCGAAGUCACAGCAGGUUGAUGUCGAGGACAAGCAAACAAUAGACGGAACGGAGCUGAAAACGAAUGAGGGUGAUAGUUUGUUUGAACACGGGCGUGGUGAUGACGGUGCCAAGAACUUAGCUAAUCAGCAGCAAGAGGAGCAAGCAACGGGACCAGGACAAUUAGCCGCUGAUAUAAACGUUAGUUCAAAAACCAAUGAAAAUGAAAACACAUCAGAACAGCAGCGCGGCCAAGAAUCGGAAAAUGAAAGCAAAGAAACGGUGGUGACUGCGCCGGAGGGUGGAAGCGAACAGUCUCUAGCGGAAAAUGAUUCCAAAGAGGAUGUGAACAUGUUCAACAUUGCUACCGAACCGCCGACAUCUACCACCAUCGCGCUGGAAGCAGCAGAUCAUGACGAGGCGGCUCCGACUGCAGAAGGCACCAAAGACCAGGACCAGCAACAGCAGCAAGAACACCGGGAAAAGGAAGACUACACCAACAACCACCACCAUUGGGAAGCGAUUGAUGAGGGACUACCGUCCGAAAUGGCAGGAACGGGUCCUUCCGGUGGGUUUACGACUGGUCCUGCCGCCACCGCCACUACUGCCCCGUCCGGAAUGGCUACCGGCCAUCAAAAGGUGCAGCCGGAAAGCGUUUUUCUGCGAUUAUCCAACAGAAUUAAGGCGCUCGAGCGAAACAUGAGCCUUUCGGGCCAGUAUCUCGAGGAGCUGAGCCGUCGGUAUCGCAAGCAGGUGGAAGAGUUGCAGCAUUCGUACGCCAAAACGUUGCACGAAAUCCAGGAACAGAACCUCCGGAUGGCGGACAGUGAAGCGAAGCUGCGCGAAGUGAAUGAACGGUUGCGGCAGGAUCUGGUAGACUUUCAGGCGACCGCUACCGAUUGGCGCAACAUAGCCCUAGCGAUGCUGGUGUUUAUCGUACUAACGCUCGUCAUCCUGCUCGCGAUGGUCCGGUCAGUUGCAAACGGUGUGAACCUUCUGGCGAAUGGGCAUAAGCUGGACGGGCGGCAACAACCCGCUCCCAUACCACAGAGCGUCAUCGAUCGUGAGCUGGCCCAGGUGGGUUCGGAUGCGAAACCAAUCCGGGGUCGUAUGUUGCGUAGAAAAUCGAUCGACGGAAUGCCAACGGGCGGUGCCGGUGUGGAUGUAACCGGAACCGGAGUCGGUAGCGUCUCGGGGAUCAUUAUUGCGACUGGCGAAUCUUCAACGGGUGCCACUAGCAUGUCACCGGCCCGAUUGCGCAAAAAGAGACCAAGCGAGGAGGCGCUCAAUAUAAGCGGUACGUACGUGAACCUGUUGAUCGAUGACGGGGAACCGGUACAAUCGCCGCCGGUAGCGCUGGAACGGAAAAAAUCGAAACACAAGCACCGCAAAGUGUCCGCACCGUCGAUGAUGGCUGUGAGCAGUUCGACACCUGUGAAUCACGAACCGGCAAAGCGGUCCGUAUCGAUGAUUGAACCACCGGAGCAGCGUACUGCCGAGCGUACGCCCGAAAAGGAACGCAGCGGUCGUAUCGAUGAGCUGCCGUAUCUGGAGGAUAACGAUGAGUUUAUAAUACCGACGGCAAGCGAUUUAUCGUACGAUGAGUAUGUGCCCGGCUCGAACGCUUCCCCGGGAACGGACGCCACCGAUAUGGAGCGGAUCGCUAAUGGGACGCCCAGCCGGAACGGGAGUGUGCCACCGCAGUUGCUAGCGGGUGCCGGUGACGCAAUGGAACCGAAAGCGAACACCGCUACUACCAAAGCAUCGCGCCGUCUAUCGUCGCCAGCAUUUUUCAAAAGCUCCCUGCUACGGUCCAGCCUGGGGUCGAAAAAGCGUUCGUCUAAGAAAACUAUCAACGGUAACAGUAGUAGUAAUAAUAACACUAGCAGUAAUAGCAGUAGUAGCAAUAGUUCCAACAGUAGUGCCGCCCCGCGAGAGCUCGGUGCGGGCGAUGCUGGAGGGUUAGGUGAGAGUGGCGGUCGAAACGCGCUGGUCGACACCAGUUGGUACCGUUGGUGGUCGUCGGAGCAGAGCAGCAAAAUGUUUUCCUCCUCCUCAACGCCUUCAUCUAGUCAGGAGGUUGCUGUCGUCCCAUCGCCACCGGACAGCAAACACCGUCAAAAGAUAGGAAAAGCCAGUUCAGCCAGCCCACCGUCCGAUGGUUCGAAGGACCGGAAGCUCGAACCGGAACCGGUGAAGCUAUCCGUUUCGUUUAAUGGCGACCGGCCGGCGAAUGGUAUUGGGGGGACGGGUGGGAACGGUUCACUGGAACGAAAGUCCAGCCGGGGCAGCAUACGACGAUUGUUCCGGAAGGUGUUCUGAGGUGUACAAGGAUUAACCUAGUUGUAUGCUCGAUAUUUUACCGAUAGAAAGUACUAAGCAAAAAAAUAGACUGACGCUAACCACCUCUCCCUGCGUGGAAAAUUCCUUACGGGAAGGAGGUGAAUUGUUUUGCCGAAAAGAAGGGCCAAAAACGGGAUUAAGAGAAGCACGCGCUUUGACACCCUUGUUGGGUUGACACCCUUGUUUCCUUGGAGGAUAUACAGUCAUGUAGAUGCAAAACAAAAAAACGGUUCCUUAUAUCUCUCAACACUGUGUACACUCCCACUCGCUGUUGUUAUAUUACUUUCCUUUGUACCCUCUGUUGUGUAUUCCUUCUCUUAUUUAUGUUUGGAUGUCUGUAGAAUAACCUCCCGUUGCAAGUGGUAGUGCGAAAAUGUCGCUAGCUUUACUGUUAGCAAUAAUCUAGUGAUGGGCAAACUGAGUCAGAAUGAGUGAAUGAGUUAAAUCUGAGCAAUGGCUGAGAUGAUUUAACUCAGCAGUUAAGAGUAAUUUAAACUGAAGUGAAUGAGUUAGAAGAGUGAGUUAAAUCUCAUACUCACUAUUCAAGAGUUAAAUCUCGAGAAAUGAUUUAACUCUCCGUGUCGACAAAUUACUCACUUAAUACGUUUUAACUCACUCCCGUAAAAUAUAGUAAGUGAGUGAAAACAAAGUGAAUCAAAACGAUUUGAGUGAGUUAAUUCGAAGUGAGCGAGUUAAAAUACAGUGAGUUUAAACACGGUGAGAGAGAAGUGAGUCGUCUGCGUGGAGAGUUGAAUCAUUUCUCGUAAUUAAACUCCUACAAAGUGAGUAUAAGAUUUAACUCAUUCAUUCGGAAUUAAUUCACGUAACUGAGUGGUUAUUCCUAUCCCUGGAAUAGUCCGCGAAACAUACUAUAGUAAUGUGUAAUAGGGAUAUUAGUGUUCCAAGUAGUGUCCGUUCAGCGCGGAUAAAUCCUAAACCAUUUUGUUAUCGCUCUUGCCAUUUUAGGAAAAAAAACACAAUUCGAGUUAUCGUUUCGUUUUGUGAUUUUGCGAAGAAAAAGCAAACAAAAAAGCCCCUUGAAUACGUGUCUUGUUCUUUGCCUUAGGUGUGUACCGUUCCCCCCCCCCCCCCACCCGUCAAAUGAAUGUUAAAGUGAAAGUUGUAUGUGUUAAACACGUAACGAGGAACGUAAAUGGGCCAGUGAUUGCAUACGGGGGUUCGCUGUUGUGUUGUUGCAUUUGUAUUAAAAAUGUGCUUUUUUUUUAUUCGGAUAACCAAAAAUUAGAUUAAUCAAUUCCCCGGGUAGACUGAAGGGUGAUGAGGGAGAGCUAAAUAAAUUAUCCAAAAUUGCAGCACAUCGUAUCGGUAUCAAGCCAUAGCUAUUCUCGGAUCUAGGUUUCUACGGUUUCGAACUCUCGGAUCGCAAAGCGGUUUUAAAUGGUAAACAAUAAGGAAGCUUAAUCUGUACCCCGAUAAAAAAAAACCGAUAAACAAAUAACAGUACCAACCGAUGUUGUUUAGUGGAUUGUGACACAGCACUAGUUUUCGUGGUUGCACUAUCGUAGGCUUUGAAGGGGAUGCGACGACGAAGAAAGCAAAGACACACACACACACGAAUUGCACGUAGCUUUUCUUCGGCUUUGGUUCAAAUUGGAAAAUGUAAUAAGAGUUGCUCAUAGGGCGGAGAUGGCUAAGGUGAGAGGAAUCCCUGUCGUUGAAACGUUUAUGUAGAAACCGAAAAUAAAUUAUUUUGUUAUCAAUAGUA